AUGGCGGCGCCCCGGAGACAACACGUCGCAGCCCGACUCCAGCCGCUAGCCGCGACCCUGACCAUUGAAACCAUCAGUGUCAGGUCGCCGUACACGUUGCAGGUCGAGAAGCCGAGGCCCGAGUACCAGAAGCACGUCGCUGUCCGGAAAUGGGACGCAAAGGUCAACGAAGCCAAGGAAUACAUAAACCGGACUGGCCGAGGGAGGUCGUGGUAA